AUGGCAAAAUCUUCGCAGAUGUUUGUCACCCUCAUGUGCCUCCUGCUUCUGUGCACCAGCGAUCAAGUCCAUGGAGAGGACGCCAACAUCACAAGCAGCAUCCCAGUACAGCCAGCAAGAAGGUUUCUACCAGCAACAUACUUUCCUCAGACAACCGUGUCAAGACAGUGCGACCUAUGCCACUGCAGCCAUGAUCAUGAGAAAACUUAUUAUGCAACAAUAUGCUGCAAUGAGAUAACUUGCAAUGAUCCAGCGGAGCCGAAAGGCACUUGUACACUUCGUAAACUCUCAUGCGGCUGUGACGUGAAUACAUGCAAGUAG